GUAAAGUCUCGUUAUGUACGAGAGUAUAAAAAUGGCGGGGGUUCCCAAACUUUGCAUGGCAAGGCCUGAAAUGAAGUCGUUUUGAAAAAUAUCUGUUGAGAAGUGCUGAAGUAUCCCUGACAAUGGGGGAGGACGAGUUUAAAGUUCGAUGUGUAAAGGCAUCCGAUGCUGGGGAUGAGAAUGAUGUCAGUAAAGCUAUGAUGGAUGCGUACAAGAGUUUAAAAGCAGAAGGUUUCACACCAGUAUGGAUGUCACCAAAGGAAUGCCUUAGUAUCAAGAGGAAAGAAAAGAACUGUGUCUACCUGUUUGAUCCAUUUGAAGGGCGAGCCUUUGAACACAUCAAAAGUCUUUGCUGCCGAAUCCUCGGUCCACAUUGUAUCCUUGAAUCUCUGGAAUACAAAUUGGAAAUCCCAAGGAAGGCUCGUCCUGUGUAUAACCUGGCAAUGCGAAAUGUGGUGGCUUGUUGUACAAACCUGGAUAAACAGACCAGGGAUGAAGUACAUGAGAAGAUUGAACUGAUGAGUGGCAGUGUGGGGAAGGAUUUCACCGAGGCUGUGACACAUCUGAUAGCGGGGGAGGUGGGCAGUAAGAAGUACCAGGUGGCAGCCAGCCUCGGGAAAACAGAUCAUGCAGCGGAGUGGGUGAAUAAAGUGUGGGAGGUCUCUCAGACAAGAGCUGUACAUGGAAUGGACGCUACUCUACAGGAGUAUCGCUGUCCAAUCUUUAAAGGACUUGUUAUCACAGUGUCGGGACUGGACCCUCAGGAACGAAACGACGUUAAGAAACUCAUCAACUCGGAGGGAGGGAAAUACACGGGAGAAAUGAAGGUGAACGAAUGUACCCAUCUGAUUAUCAACAAUCCUAAAGGUACAAAAUAUGAGUUUGCGAAAAAGUGGAAACUCAACAUUGUGAGAACGGAAUGGUUGUAUGACUGCAUAGGGAAGGGUUUCUGUCAGGAAACAGAAAAAUACAAAGUAGUAGCUGAGACUGAUAAAUCCCUAGCGAAGACUUCGACACCGGAGAAGGAUGUUCCCCAUACUCGAGCAUCCACCAUUGCCGAUCUGAGCUGUAUAGCCAAUGUCUCUGUAAUUGGCCACAUCAAUGAAACUGCAGCCACCACUACCACCACACACAAGUCAUUUGAGGAGACGGACACAACACUCAAUGGUAUCGACUUGACACAGCCGCCGGCCGACCUCUUUUUAGACGGCUGUAAGGUAUAUCUGAGUGGCUUUAGAGGACAGGCUCUGGAGAAAGUCCGCAAGGUGAUCAACGCCGGCGGGGGAACCCGGCUGAACCAUUUGAAUGAAAAUGUAACCCAUGUGAUCGUUGGGGAGCGUCUGGACAAAGAUAUUGAUUUCCUCAAGACAGCCACGUUUAGACCUCAUGUUGUGGGAGCAGUCUGGCUAGCCGAGUGUUACAAACAAGGACAUACAGUGGACGAACAACCAUACAUUUGUCUAGAUUAUGAAACUGACCUUUCAGCAUCACCAAAAAUUAAAGGGAAGUCAACAACAGCCAAGGAGACAACAUCUACGGUAACAAAAGACAAAAUAGAAGAUGCUGGAAACCAGGACGAGGAUAUGGAGGACAUCAUGAGUCAAUACCUACUGCAGGCUAACCCUGGUGGUGCAUCUCAGGACGAAACCGUGAUAGAUAGGGACCAAACUCAAGAUCCCAACGCUCCUACCUCUGAAGCAGAGAGAGCCCCUAGGGAGUCAGAAGGAGUUUCAAAGGAGAAGGAGGAGGAGGCCUCGGGAGAUGGCAAUAUCACAGAGGAUCCGGAAAUGGAAGGAGGCCCAAAACCUAUAUUUCGUGGCAAAUCCUUGAUGUUCUUCGGUUUUGAAGAUGACGCAGUACGGGAACUCACACAGUUCGUCGUGGAGAGACGUGGACGUGUGUUAGACCCCAAAUCUCGUGUAGUACCUGAUUAUGCAGUUGUUCCUCUGGACGGAUUCCCAGUUGACAGGACAGCAAGUGAAGUGGUCACCAAUGCCUGGUUGCAAAUCUGCUUGGAGCAUGACACUUUGAUGACAGAUUCUAACGAGCUGUAUCAUCCCCUGGACCUGGACCUUGAACCCCAGCAGUUGUCGGGCUGUGUUCUGUCUAUCAGUGGCUACUCAGGGACAGAGAGAGAUUGUCUGAUGCAUAUUGCUGAACUCCUGGGGGCCAAGUGCCAAGACUACUUUGUAAGGAAAGCCAGUAAGGGACUCCAACCAAGCACACAUCUCAUUGUGCGUGAGGCUGAGGGCUCCAAGUACGAGGCUGCCAAAAAAUGGAGUAUUCCUGCUGUAUCAAACAGUUGGUUAUUUGCUUGUGCUAAAUCUGGGAAAAGAGAAAAGGAAGAAAAAUUUCAUAUUGACAAUAAAGACAUUACCCCGGUUGAAAUGGAAGUACAGCAGACUUCAGCGACGACAAAAGAAGAGGAAACCUCAAACAGUAGUAUAAAGCCAGAGGAGGAAGUGUCAGUGGGGAGGGGGGAGGUCGAAAACAAGACCAGCCUUAUAGACAAUCAGAAGGCUGUUCCAACAAUAGACAACACGGAGAGUAAAACAAAAGAGGUGACAAAGACUCGUAAAAGUCUGAAGCGUACUAGCUCAACGCUGGACUGUCCAGGAGUCACUGGGGAUCAUGACAGACCCAGCAAGAUCGCUCGAGUGUUAGAAAGUGUGAAGGAGAAAGGGAGGGCGAUGGACAGUAGCACAGAGGAAUCGCGUCCUGUAGAGAAGCCAUAUCAACAGGGCAGUCAGAAGGAGAACGUGAGCAAGGUGAACAGAGGUGUUGUUAACGAGAGAGUUAAGGCCCUACAGGCUGAGGUGGACACCACCCCACAGGGUGGAGCCAGGAUCCGUACGGGACUCCAAACUCCCUCGCCCGGGCGCUUCCUGGACCUAAGUAAAGAGUUCCACCCUGUGUUUGAUCUCACUGAUGCCAUGGCCUCAUUAGAGACACCAGAAGGACAUCGUAAAGUAAACAGGAGGAAAACUAGCUUGCCCCUGGAUGAGUUGUACACGAUACAGCUAGAGAAAGGUCUGAAGAAUAUGGAAGAGGCCCAGCCUGCUGUGGAGACAUCUCCAAUAAAGAUGAAUGAGGAACUCGGUCCCCUCCAUGGUGUCAUCAUAGUCGUCAAUAAGAAGUUGUCAUCCCAGCAGUCAGAGUUCAACAACAUCGUGUCGGAUCUUGGAGGCGACUACCGCUGGUCAUAUGACAACUCCUGUACUCAUUACAUAUUCCAGGGACGUACAAACGACACAACAAAAGAGUUCCGAUUGGCCCGCGACCAGGGCAAGAUAAUUGUCUCUCCACAUUGGCUGCAUAUGUGUAAGGAACAAGUGGCCAGGGUAGAUGAGUCGCUCUUUCCACACACUUUCAACCCCAACCUAUCCUUGUCGGUGGUGAGCAGUAAACGGACUGAGACACCUGGCCGUGCCAGCCGGCGGUCGGGACGAGCCUUGACAAGGAAGGGAGAGGAUGCUGUCCUCAGUUCGAACACAUCAACUGCUCUCUCCAAAUCAUCGACACAAAAUACCGAACAGAAUUCUAAAUCAGAAGUGCCAAAAACUUCAGAGAACCAGUCCAGUGCAAAACAAGAGCCCUCCCCUCUCAGAUCUGCAGCAUCUUCAUCGCCCCUUGGAACUAAACCAGACAGAUCACCAAAAGAGGAAGGUCAGAGAUCAGGAGAGGAGGCCAUGGAUCAAGAAGGCGCCACCACAGAAAAGCAGGAGGGACUGGAAAUGGGCGGCACAUUGGAACUCCGAGAGGUCCUCUCAAAACAACUGGAGAAGAUGAUGGGUUCAAAAGCUAAGAAAAACACCCGGAGAAAAAGUAAAAGACUUAACUCCAGCGGACAGAUGAACAUGUCGGGGGAGACAUCUGGAGAACUGUCAGGGGAGGGUCGGAACAGUAGCCAUAGUCGGCCCCCUUCUCGUCAGAACCGUUGGAGUCUGCAAGAUGAGCAGGCUGGUCAGAGUGAACGACGAAACAGCAGACAGACUUCAGGAGCUAAGUCCCUGGACAAUAACUCAGGCCCUGAAGCUUCACAGAGUGUACAAAUCACCUGGGACGAUCCCACAGGGAGACUGGAGGAGGAGAAACUGGCUCACAAGUUAGAGAGAGCCUGCAGUCCCACACAGGACCCUUCCCUACCACCCGGCUACCUCGACGCCGAGUUCUCCGAGGUAGAGGAGGAGGAAGAGGAGGAACAUCCUGUGCCAAAUCUUCCUCACUAUGGUAAGACAGAACGGCGUCCAGAAGAUGAAAGAAUAAAGACCCCAGAGGCCCCGGCCCUGGCUUUUCCCAGACCAAGACAUUCCACACGAGGGGAUCCCUCAGAAUCAUUGGUUCCAGUGCAUGAUGCUGAAGAGAAGGCAGAGGGGGAGACAACUCGACCUACACCAGUAUUCUUGUUGUCUGGAGUUUCACAAGAGGAGAAAGACCACUAUGGGGCUUUGGUGGAACAGCUAGGGGGUCAGAUGCUGGAUGGUCAGAUGUACAAUUCUUCCUGUACUCACCUUGUUAUAGGUCUGCCAUCCCGCAACGAGAAAUUCCUUGCUAGUGUUGCAUCAGGAAAAUGGGUGCUUCACAAAUCAUACUUUGAGGCCUGUCGACAGGAGGGCAAGUUUGUACCAGAGGCUUUGUAUGAGUGGGGAGGAGAGGGUACAUCGAGGCUGGCAAGUAGUAAGAACCAGGCCGUGGUGAAGCUAGCGGCAGCCGCACACUCGUGGAGGGUUUCCGUGGAGGAGGAACGAAAGAGAUCGGGUUCCUGCUUUGGAGCAUUCAGUGGAUGGAAAGUGCUUUUAUGUGCCGACCCGAAUAAAGAAUCAAGCUUCCGGAGGUUACUGGCAGCAGGGGGCGCCACUGUCCUCACUAACAAACCACCAUUCACGAAGACACUCUCAGCCACACAUGCCUUCAUAGAGCUGUCCAAGUACAAGAUGUCACAGGAAGAUCUGGAGGUACUGCUCAGCAUCAAUGUAUUGUGUUUACGCCCAGACUUCAUCGCCGCACAUCUGACCGACAGCCCUCCGCCACGAUCUGAAGACUUCUGUCCUCCGGAGGUAGCUGCACUUAUUGUAAGUCUAAAAGGAGAGGCUAGCGGAAGAAAAAAGUCAUCAUCCUCAUCUAACGAGUCUAGAAGUAGGCGGACCAAAAAUCACUGACGAUGGCUGCUUGUAGGACAACAUAAAAGCAGCAUAAUGACUGUGUGCUCAAAACUCACUGACUUGUGGUGUGAUGGGUGGUCAUCAUGCUGGUCAAGACCUCUGACUUGUGGUGUGAUGGGUGGUCAUCAUGCUGGUCAAGACCUCUGACUUGUGGUGUGAUGGGUGGUCAUCAUGCUGGUCAAGACCUCUGACUUGUGGUGUGAUGGGUGGUCAUCAUGCUGGUCAAGACCUCUGACUUGUGGUGUGAUGGGUGGUCAUCAUGCUGGUCAAGACCUCUGACUUGUGGUGUGAUGGGUGGUCAUCAUGCUGGUCAAGCUCUCUGACUUGUGGUGUGAUGGGUGGUCAUCACGCUGGUCAAACUGUUUGUGGUCAGCGUGAUUCGUUACUGAUUUUAAGUGGACAUAUUUUUAAACUGUAUGUACAGUGGCCUAAAUAAUGUAUUUAUUCUUAUAAACUUCAGUGAGUAUGACAGUUGUUGUACAAACAAUGGAAUGCCAAAAGAGGGACGUUCGCUGGCAGCUACUCAAAGUGACAAGUGCCUAUUGUGUUCGAUGAUGACUUCCAGGACAAUAAUAUUGUUUAUUUUGUAAUACACUGUUAAUGAUCAAAAUAUAUAAAAUGUAUACAUAAACAGGUAUGUGAUUAAAUAUGUAAAACACAA